CAGUCGCUGUUAUAUGACGUCAUUCCUGCGCCAACAUUCUAAGACACGACGAGUCAAUAAAUUGUCGAACUGAUACCCUGCUAAAACGUUAUAUUUCAUAACAGUACAGUAAGUUAAAACUAGCGCGAACCUGCAGAUGUGCGGAUAAUUGUUUAGAACACCCUCCAAAUGAAAUAAUUGAUUCAAACAUGGACAAGCUAGGAUAAGUAUGGCACUCAUUUAACACACUAACUUGUAGAGCACGCUAUGACGCAUUCAGGGACAAUACUGACUCAGUAGAAAGCCAUGACGUCGUGUUCAGAUGUUGCUUGAAGCUGCUUAAUUAAGAUGUAAUAGCAUCAUAAUAUUAUCUGUUCCUUUUUAACUCGAGUUGUAAUGGACAUAUCUUCUCAGUCUAAUAUCCAAAUGGAAAAGAAACAAUGCACCAUUCAGUCUUGCAUAAAAGGGGACACAGCACUACGGAAUAGAAACAUUCGGACCUUAAAAACUCCAUGCGUUGCUCCAUCAAAUGACAAAAAGGAUUCGCACUUGUCAGUCGAUGACAGUUGGCCAUCCAAUGAGACACAAAGUGAGAGACACUCUAGACGAAGAAGUUCAAGCAAUGAUGAACCUUCCAGGAGUAAAGGUUGGCUUCUGUUGGUGGCAGGACUCUCUUUUUCCACACGCCUCUACAAAAUAAAAGAACCCCCUCAUGUGUGCUGGGAUGAGACACACUUCGGGAAGAUGGGAAGCUAUUACAUCAACAGGACCUUUUUUUUUGACGUCCACCCUCCUCUAGGAAAAAUGCUGAUUGGACUUGCUGGUUACAUGAGUGGUUACGAUGGCACAUUUCCGUUUACAAAACCUGGAGAUAACUAUGAACACCACAACUAUUGGGGGAUGAGAGUGUUAUGUGCAGGAUUAGGCUCUUUUCUCCCCAUAUUUUCCUACCUCAUCGUAUUGCAGUUGUCUCACUCUCACACUGCUGCUCUCAUUGCUUCUACUCUCCUUAUAUUCGACACGGGCUGUAUCACUAUUUCGCAGUACAUUCUGUUGGACCCUAUACUCAUGUUCUUCAUCAUGGCAGCAGUAUUGAGCAUGGUCAAGUUCAACCAACAACAAUACAGGCCUUUUUCUUCCCCCUGGUGGUUUUGGAUGGGUUUAACUGGUAUAAAUCUGUCUGGUGCUGUCGGGGUGAAGUUUGUGGGUGUGUUUGUCAUCCUGCUGGUGGGACUGAACACAGUGUUUGACCUCUGGCAGCUUUUGGGGAAUCUGGACCUAACACUGGUGGAUUUUACAAAGCACCUCCUGGCUCGGGUUGUCGCGCUUAUCCUGCUACCCGUCUUCCUCUAUGUCACAAUAUUUGCAAUCCACAUUGUUGUGCUGAACAAAAGUGGACCAGGAGAUGGUUUUUUCAGUUCUGCUUUCCAGUCUCGCCUCAUUGGGAACAACCUACACAACGCAUCCAUGCCUGAAUACCUGGCUUAUGGCUCCACCAUCACACUGAAAAACCUUCGCAUUGCUGGAGGCUAUUUGCACUCUCACUGGCACUUAUAUCCAGAGGGAGUGGGGGCAAAACAACAGCAGGUUACAGCCUAUCUGCACAAGGACUACAACAACUUGUGGCUGGUUCACAGGCAAAAAAACACAAACUCUAAGUGGGGAGCUCCUGAUCUGGUCCGCCAUGGUGACAUCAUCAGAUUGGAGCACAAAGAGUCAGUACAAACUACUCGCAACCUUCACAGUCACCUUCAUGAGGCUCCUCUGACAAAGAAGCACUUCCAGGUUACAGGUUAUGGCAUGAAUGGUACAGGCGACAACAAUGACCUUUGGAAAGUUGAGGUUUGUGGAGGUCGCAAAGGUGACCCACUCAAAGUGUUGCGCAGCAAAGUUCGUUUUCUGCACAAAGCUACUGGUUGCAUCCUUUUUUCCUCUGGGAAAACCCUCCCCAAGUGGGGCUGGGAACAAGUGGAGGUCACGUGUAGUCCAUACUUGAAGGAAACUCUCAGUUCUCAGUGGAACAUCGAAGACCAUAUCAAUCCCAAAUUGCCUAACAUCAACCUGUCUCUCCUAAAGCCCCAUUUUCUAGAGAUCUUAAUGGAGUCCCACAUUGUGAUGAUAAAAGGCAACAGCGGUUUGAAGCCUAAAGACAAUGAGAUGACCUCCAAACCCUGGCACUGGCCCAUUAACUAUCAGGGAUUGCGAUUUUCUGGAGUGAAUGAAACAGAGUAUCGUGUAUACUUGCUUGGAAACCCCGUGGUGUGGUGGCUGAAUCUGGCAUGUUUGGGAUUGUAUCUAAUCCUGAUUGCAGUUGCCUCAAUUGCCUUUCAAAGAGGCGUCUCUAUGAGCCAAAGUAGGAGAGGCCAUUGUUUUGUACUCAUGAGAGGAGGCGGCCUCUUUUUCCUUGGUUGGUUAUUGCACUACGUACCUUUCUACACCAUGAGCCGGGUCCUCUAUUACCAUCACUACUUCCCUGCUAUGCUUUUUAGCAGCAUGCUAUCAGGAAUCACACUAGACUUCCUGUUGAAGAUGGCCGACCUUCUGUUUCACCCACCUUAUUGUGAGCGGCUACAGAGAGUUGGGAAGGUGUUCAUUCUGUUAGUUAUUCUUUACAGUUUCUACCUGUUCCACCCGCUCACCUAUGGCAUGACAGGGCCUCUGGCACAUGAACGUGGGAGCUCAAUGGCAAGAGUGAAGUGGAUGGAGUCUUGGGACUUUUAAACAUGUAUUACAAAAACAAGUCUUUUAAGCAUGAGAGACUUUGAGUGGUCAUUUAUUCCAAAAGUACUGCAGUCCUGAUGUACUGCACCCUGUCUAGGUUGGUUUGAGGCUUAAGGUUAUGUGCAAUAUGAAAGCAAAGUAUUUUGUCUAAAUAAUGACCUCCAACCUUUCUAUAAUAUUUUGAUGAUGGUCUCAAGUGCCUCUGUGAAAAUAAUGCAUUUCAGUGUAGUUAUUUUAUUCACUUUUAGUGUAGUGAUAACUGACAUGCUUAUCUGCAUACAGCACUAUGUUAAUAAACUCUGGUAUUAUUUUA